AUGGGGCGCUUCGAUGUUGAGGAUGAGGGCCGAGGGAGGCGAAACGGCGACGAAGGGCGGGUAAACACUGGACGGCGCGACGUGGAGUGGCAGGCUGGGGCGGGGGGUUCGAAAGCGCCAGAGCCACCCGAUUACACUGCGCAACCAAGGCCAAAUCAACAGAUUUCAGAGGAAGCUGGCAAGGGCCAGACAAUGCACAAGGUUGAAAUCAGGGAUGCUGGCGGGUGGGUGGGAAGGGAGGAGGAGGCAGAGGAGGGUGUUGUUGAGGUAAAGGGAAAGGCGGGUUCUCCUGGCCGUGAUGGUGAUGGGGGAGGGGGCUUCGACUCCCAAAUGUAG